UUCCUCAACCGGGUACCAUUCAGUUAGAUCUAGACAUCACGAUGGAAAAGGAAAAAGUUUUACAUCCAGCCAGUUCCACAAAUCAUAUACCUAGUACCACUGAUCUAUCAGUUAUCAGCACAAUGAUUACUAGUGUAAUAGGCGAAGCUUCGAUGAUUCCCAAUUCUGCACCAUCUUCCACGGGUACGCCCUAUACUACUUCCACCAAAAGUUCCACGGUGUUCGCGAUCUUCAGUUUUGGAGAUACAACCUCUUCUUACCCAGCAAUGAUCGACAAAGAAGUUAGCAGUGAAGAUUUGAAUUUCUCCGUGUUCGAUUAUGUGAUAUUCUUCUCGAUGCUCUUGAUUUCAACAAUCAUAGGAGUAUACUUUGGCUUUCUGUCCAAGGUCAAACAAGACAAUACCAAAGAAUACUUGCUCGGUGGGAAAGCUAUGAGCAAGUUUCCUAUAUCAGCUUCACUGAUUGCAACGCAUGUUUCUGGGAUCACCCUGCUUGGACUGCCCACAGAACUGUAUGGCCAUGGAUCACAAUACUGGUUGUGUGUUAUCGCUGCAUUUCCGGUCUACAUUCUUAUGAGGAAAAUCUAUUUGCCAGUGUUUUAUGAUCUGCAGGUAACGUCAGUAUUCACAUAUUUGGAAAACCGAUUCGAUCACAAGGUACGAUCGGCGGCAAGUUUUAUCUACGCAUUCGCUUGCAUAAUUUACAUCCCAAUUGUGGUGUAUGUACCAGCUUUAGCUUUCAGUCAAGUUACUGGCAUAAACCUGCAUCUGAUCACGCCUUUGAUAUGCAUUGUUUGCACCUUCUAUACUACAGUAGGAGGACUACGAGCCGUCGUUUGGACAGACACACUGCAGUUUAUAAUGAUGAUUGGAGCAACGCUAGCUAUCAUAUCCCUCGGGCUCGUCAGUGUGGGAGGUUUCACCCACGUCUGGGAAGCAGCAGAACAAGGUGGACGCUUGGUGUUUUUCAACAUGAAUCCCGAUCCUUUUAUACGUUCAUCGUUCUGGACGGUUACUUUAGGGCUAUCCACCAUAUGGAUCGGAACUUUGGGAGUAAGCCAAGGUUGCAUUCAACGAUUCCUCGCUGUUCCUGACUUGAAAAUAGCCAAGAAGACUCUGAUCAUCUUCACUGGUGGGAUGAUCUUUAUCAAAAGCUGUUCUUGCUUUAUGGGAUUACUAAUGUAUGCAAAGUACGAAGCGUGUGAUCCAUACUCAAUCGGAAAAAUCAACAAGUUGGAUCAAAUCUUACCAUACUAUGUGAUGGAUGUUGGAGCAAAAAUUCCAGGACUUCCUGGAUUUUUCGUGUCGGGAAUUUUCUCGGCAGCACUAUCAACUCUGUCAUCGGUUCUUAACACACUAGCAGGAACGAUCUACGAAGACUUCAUUCGACACCAUUUUCCAAACUCAAGUGAAAAAAACGCAAGCAAGGUGAUGAAGGCUUUGGUUGUAAUACUCGGAAUCAUCGUCAUUGCUCUGGUGUUUGUUGCAGAGAAAAUGGGUGAAGUUAUGCAUAUGGCCAUUUCGCUGUCAGGAGUUACGUCAGGCACUCUGUUGGGAUUGUUCUCAUCCGGUAUGCUUACCUCUACGAUAAACACUAAAGGAGCCAUAUAUGGAGCUGUCAUGUCAAUGAUUGCAACCGGUUCAAUCCUCAUCGGUGCACAAUUGUACCCGCAACAUCCAUUCAUGCCGUUCCGAACCGAUGGAUGUGAUGUUAAUCUUCUUCAUAAUGCAACGCUAGUUUCCACACCUUUAGCAACGGUUCAAAAUGAUGUCCCGCGCAUAUUUAAACUCAGCUUUAUGUACUAUUCGUUGUUUGGUGUUGUGGUGUACUUUAUGGUGGCAUACACGGUGAGCAUCAUGACCGGGAGAACAGAGAUCAAGGACCAGCGGUUGUUGGCACCAUUCAUGCGUGAUCUGAAGCAAUACGAGAAAGAGGAAGCACUGAGGAAACAAAAUAUCCAUUUUACGGAGACUACCCUGAUGCUGAAAGAGCUGGAAACGGGAUCGAAUAAAAUGUAGCAAUGAGGUUUUAAGGUUUUUACUGUUGAACAUAAGCGGCAUACAUGCUAAAAUCGUUAUCGAGAUACCUUACGCAUCAAGGAUUCAGUGCGGUUUUGACCGUAAUAAAAGUGAUAAUUCGAAUAAUGAGAUAUUGUUUCCCUUUAUAACAGGCAUCGUGACUUCUCUCAUUGACGAAACAGGCAUCAACAUAUAAUCUCUAGCCCCUUUCGCUUAACACCGGCAAUAUCUAAUCCUUUCUUUUGCCACGUGUGCGUAUUGAAUAUCGCCCUUACAAAAUAUCAACAGGAGGGUGAAUUAAAUAGGAAAGGCAUAGCGAAUCGUUUGCUUUCAACUUCGUGAUGAUAUUGCCAUUGACGUUGAACGGAUUU